AUAUAAGUAUAUGAAUCAUCCGCGAUGUAUUAAAAAGACCAUAUCUUAUCAGAUAGCUAUUCGAAUAACAAUCUUUUAUAUUUUACCGCAAAGUAUAAAUCGAUAUGCGAGUAUAUGCAAUCAGUGUCAAUCGAGACUAAUGAUUAUAAUUGAAUUAAUAUUACUAAGUGGCUUACCUAUAUUUAUUCGCUAUCAUUUCGUGGGAAGUGUUUAAAAAUGGCAGCAUUUCGGGAUGCCAUUUUGAUUUGUGUAUUUUUAUUUGGUAAUAGUAUUUGUGAAGAUUUGACAGCUAGGGGAUAUCAUUUGAACGUGGGAGUGCCGAGGGCGAAUUUGCUGAGGAAAUCGGAGUCGUUGAGGAUUGUUGGUGGAGAACAAGUAACGAUACAAACCCUAUUUCCGUUCCAAGCAGGUAUAGUAGCUACCUUGACAACAGGCUGGCAGUCCAUAUGCGGUGGCUCCCUGGUCUCCAACACGAGGGUACUGACUGCAGCUCACUGCUGGUGGGAUGGACAGAGUCAAGCGAGACGGUUCAUUAUCGUUCUCGGCUCCCUUACUAUCUUCUCUGGUGGGACAAGGAUAGAAACAUCUGAUGUCACAGUCCAUCCCAACUGGAAUACGAAUGAGAUAACGAAUGACAUGGCAAUAGUGAAGAUUACUCCAGUCAGUUAUACAAAUAAUAUACAAGCGAUACCCUUGCCAGCUCUGUCGGAUGUGAACCAAUCGUUUUCCGGAUAUUCAGCCAUCGUAUCCGGAUACGGAAAGACUAGUGACGCACAAACCAGUUUCCCAACCACCACCGCUCUUUAUCAAGUACCAGUUACAGUGAUAACCAACCAGGUCUGCCAGAACAGCUUCCAGAUAACUCUUCACGGCAGUCACUUAUGCACCGCUGGGGACCGCGGAGUAGGCUCCUGUGAUGGAGACUCUGGUGGGCCGUUGACUGCUGUCUAUAACAAUCGGAGGACUUUGAUUGGCAUAGUAUCAUUUGGUCUAGGAAAUCUCUGUGAAUCAGGAUACCCGUCAGUUUAUACAAGAGUCACAGCAUUCUUGAACUGGAUCCACGCUAACUUAUGAAAUUGAUAUUUUUAGCAAUAAAUAUAUUUUUUUUAUAAACA